CAAAUUUACAGAUUCUGCCACGUAUUGAAUCUUGAGUGAAUCUGGCACGCGCCCUCCACACUCCCCUAUUUCUGGUCUUUCUAUCCAUAGCCGAAACGAAGAAAACACAUUUCCAUACCGAUACUCUCUCACCCUCUCUCCUACAAUAAAAUAGGUCUUGUAUUUGCCUGUUUUAUGUUAGAGGCGUAGAUGAUGCUCAACUCACUUUCAGUUCCUGCUGUCACAAAUCAGGGCGCGAAACUACACCAUGUGAUUCAAGCAGUUGAUUUCUUAGGAUUUGCAUUGUCAAAUCUGAAGGUCAAGCCUACAAACUUGCCAUGCAGACUUCAAAGAAGGCAUCCAAGUUGCAUUAUUCGAUUAUUAGCUGUUCACAGGAGGAAUUCAACAAUAAGAACUUUAACUUUUGCCAUUCCAAAUGAAAGCGAUCAAUUGGAAAGUGGCAGUUUUUAUGGUUGUGCUGAUGAUCAAAUGCAUUUGCCUUUGGAAGACAAUGAGAAUUCCAAUCAUUCAGAUGCAGAAGUUGUUUCUUCUCUUUCAUACUCGGAAGCUGACCUUGCUCAUACAGUUGAGCUUCUGGGAAAACAAGGAAGCCUUCUUGACAAAAUAAAGGCUAUCCAAUUGCAUGUCUUAGCAUCAGAACAAUGGAAUGCUUCCCAACUCCAAUUGUGUCACAGAAAUUACUUGGUUAGUGCAACAAACUUGAUACAUUAUCUGGCAUUGAGAUGCCUUGAUGUUGAGCAGCUUAAAGAUGAUCUUUCUUUGAUUGGUCUCGUGAAUUUGGAGACUGCCAAUUCUCAUGUCCUUGCAAGUCUUACUGCAAGCAUUCAAAUAUUGGAGAACUUGAAAUCUACCUCCCUAAACCCUGAAGAACAUAUCAUUGGAGGACUAUUUUCUCAGAAAGGAUUUGACCAACAGAAGUAUUCAGCGUUUACAAUACCGACAAUAAGGAAGAAGGCAUCUUUUAAUAGAGAGUUAUUGUUGGGCCCACCACAAGAUAGUAGAACUACUCAUAUUAUGGUAACAAUUGGCGAGGAAGCUAUUGAAAGUGAAACAUUUAUUACUGAUCUAAUCAAGGCAGGGAUGUCCAUUAUUCGAAUCAAUUGUGCACAUGGAAAUCCUAGUAUUUGGAGUGAAAUUAUCACCAGAGUAAGGAAAAGUUCUCAAAUGCUAGAAAAACCUUGUCGGAUUCUCAUGGAUUUAGCUGGACCAAAGCUCCGAACUGGAAAGCUGAAGCCUGGUCCAGCUGUAAUGAAAUUCUCUCCCAAAAAAACUGCAGCUGGAAAUGUAAUCUUGCCUGCUCAAGUUUGGCUGACUCACAGAGAAGCAGGUCCUCCUCCUCCUCAUUUGUCUCUUGAUGCAGUAAUAUUUGUAGAUGAUCAAGAAUUUCUUACUAAGCUGGAGGUGGAUGACACUUUAAGAUUUUGUGAUGCUAGAGGGAAAAAAAGGAGACUCAAGAUUUCUAGAAAAUUUCAUGUUUUUUCUGGUACUGGAUAUGUGGCUGAGUGUAGUAGGACUGCUUAUGUUCAGUCAGGAACCCGAUUGUAUAUGAAGGGAAAGAAAGUCAGGUUUCCUGUUGGACAAGUGGUAGAUGUCCCAGCUACCGAACGAUCUAUCAGACUGAGAGUUGGAGAUUUGUUAAUCAUAUCACGAGGUAGUUCUUCCGGAGAAGAUGAAUUGUCCGCGUCCACCAGUGGUGCUCAUAGGGUUACAUGUUCCUCAGGGUACCUGUUUGAUUCAGUGAAACCUGGUGAACCCAUUGCCUUUGAUGAUGGAAAGAUAUGGGGGGUUAUCCAAGGAAUUGGUAUAUCCGAGAUUAUUGUCUCAAUCACUCAUGCUGGUCCCAAAGGCACGAAACUUGGGUCUGAGAAAUCCAUUAACAUCCCACAGAGCAAUAUUCACUUUGAGGGAUUUACUUCCAAGGAUGUUAUGGAUCUUGAAUUUGUUGCUACUCAUGCUGACAUGGUAGGUGUUUCUUUUGUCCGUGACACUCGUGAUAUUGUUGUGCUCCGCCAAGAAUUAGAGAAGAGGAAACUUCCAAAACUAGGAAUUGUUCUCAAGAUAGAGACAAAGAGUGGGUUUGAGAAAUUGCCUUUAAUGCUGUUAGAGGCAAUGAAGUCCUCAAAUCCCUUGGGGGUCAUGAUUGCUAGAGGAGAUCUCGCAGUGGAAUGUGGGUGGGAAAGGUUGGCUGAUAUGCAGGAAGAAAUUCUCUCUCUCUGUGACGCUGCACACAUACCAGUCAUAUGGGCAACUCAGGUCUUGGAGUCGCUUGUGAAAUCUGGUAUGCCCACCAGAGCAGAGAUCACUGAUGCAGCCAAUGGACGGAGGGUAAGCUGUGUCAUGCUGAACAAAGGGAAACACGUUGCGGAAGCUGUUUCAACUUUGGACAAGAUCCUCCGUUCGAAUUCCACCAAGACGAGAGCAGACUUAAAGCCCAUUCUCCUCUGUAGCCACCUCUUGUAAUAAAAAGCUAUUUGCUCCUCCUCAGUGAACAAUGUCUUGUCUAUGUAUCUCGAAUUUGUAAAUAUGUUUUGGUCAUAUGGUGUAGUAUCGGUUAUCGUAUAUUUUGGAUUAUGUAUUAUACUUUAUUGUGAUUGUCUUAGAAUCUAGGCUCUAAACAUUAAGAUUA